AUGCAACCGAACCAUCUUCUAGCAGCAAUGAGAGAUGGUGCAUCAAUAAAUGAAGCUGGAUUGCAUCAAGUCAUGUUUUUCUUCCCCAAUAUUCUUAGUGUCAUCUGUUACUCACACACAAUCGGCCUUUGAGCAAGCUCAUCCGCAUUCAUGCUCUUGGCUAGAAUUUCUAAUUUGAGAAGCCUCUGCUGUAUAUUCCAAUCUUUGUCAAUGAAGCGAACGAUAAUUGCCAACGCUUCUCCAAGUCAGUUGUUCCCAUCAAAGAUCACAGAAAAAGCACUGUUGGCAGCUAUUUCGGAUUUCACAAAGUCUAUCUCCUUCUGACGAAUCAUGGGAAUGAAUUGUGCUAGAUGGUUCCGAGAUGUCAAGCGAUGACAAUAUUUUUCAAGAAAUGGUCGCAAUCUGUCGAUUGCAUCAAGUCAUGUUUUUCUUCCCCAAUAUUCUUAGUGUCAUCUGUUACUCACACACAAUCGAUAUUGUUGGGAAACACUUUGAAUUUAGUGUCCUAGACACAUUUUCUAGGUGUUGGAACACCUUGUUUUCUCUCAGUCCAGCUUCUCGGCUGUUGUGGAGGACAAGAACUGGCACAGCAAUGCAACUUCAUUCCAAAACCAGAUGGUGGAGCAAAUGGGAAGUCCUCAAUCAGGUCAUGGAGUUUUUUGGGAAUGUUGAGCCCUUCCUAAGAGAAAAUGAUAACCUGUCUCCAGUUUGCCGUGCAAGCCUGUUGGAGAUUUUUGAUGAUCCAGCUACUGCUAGAGACUUAGACAUUGAGCUUGCUGCUAUGAUUGAUGCGGGCAAGCACUUUGUUCAAGCAACUUAUUAUCUUGAGGGGGAUGGUCCCUUAGUAUUUACUUGCUAUGAGCAUUUGUCAGCAUUAGCGCAUGCAAUAGCCAUUGAAUCCUAUUCAAACACUGAGGCCAAAGCUUGCCAACAUGCAGGUAGAAAUAUGGCAUUGUACAACCAGUUAGUUGCUCAAGCAAAGGCAUGUAUCAAUCCAGGCUUCCGCUUUUACCAACAGAAAUUCAGUGUGCAAUUCCAUAAUAUUAAUUGUCCGUGCAUUUAA